UACCAAUAGCAAUCUACCAAAUACCAAAUUAUACAUAUACCAGUCAUGGCAUCUUCUGUAGACAAAAUUGCAUUGUAUACCAACUAUGAUAGCUCCCCCAGUUGGCGAGUUCGAAUAGCCCUGGCAAUAAAGGGAAUAAAAUAUGAAAGAAUAUUCUAUUCAUUUGAUAAACCAGUCCAAAAGGAUUACAACAAAGUCAAUCCACUUGUACAAGUACCUACCAUGCUAGUCAAUGAGCAAGUCAUUACUCAAUCUUUGGCGAUUAUUGAUUUCUUGAAUGAGAGAUAUCCAAAGCCAAGCUUACUACCUGAGGAUUUGAUCAAACGAGCCAAAGCUAGAGAAAUUGCUGAACUUAUCAAUUCAGGUAUUCAGCCAGUAUGCAAUCAUUUCUACCGUCAGUACAAAGAUGACUUAAAUGAGUACAAAAAGCAGUGCAGAGUUGUCAUAGAAAGAGGAUUUAGUGCAGUUGAGAAAAUUUUGCUAACAACUGCUGGGAAGUUUGCCAUAGAUGACAUGGUCACCAUUGCUGAUGUGUGUCUUGUACCACAGGUCUAUCAAGCAAAAGGAUAUGAGUGUGAUCUUACUCAGUUCCCAACCAUUUGUAAAAUAUGGGAGAAUUUAAAAGAUGUUGAAGCUUUCAAGACUACCCAUCCUGAUAAUGAAGAUGAUAGCCCCAAAUCUAUUUCCUAAGUUACAAUUUUUGAUAUGUAAUCUAUGGUGAGAUCUGAUCUGUCUAUGGGUUAAGUUAUGUGAUUUUAUAUUUUUAAUCUUGUAAACUCAUACAAUGAAAUACAAUAAAAGAUGAAUAAUGUGUUUUAAUGGAAUGAACACUAAGUUAAAGAAUUUAUGUAAUUGUGUAAAACGAAAGUUUUAAAACUGAAAAUUAAAUUUUUGCCAAAA